AUGAUCGAUCUUUGGCGUGAGUGUGGGUGGGGGGGUUUGUUGGGGCGACACAAACGAGCGCCCGCUGGCAUCCGCCCCCCUUUCUCGUGUCCCGCGCUGACUGACCCUUGCCCCCUCUCUCGCAGAGAUCCAAGCGGACAAGGGCGGAGAUCCUGAAGUGGUGCGAGCAUCUCAAGCCAAGAGGGGAGCCGCACCCGAGCUGGUAGAUGAGGUGGUGGGGCUGUACAAGGAGUGGGUAGCAGCCGAUCAUGCGGUCAACAUGGCUCAACGAGAUGUCAAUGCCAUUCAAAAGGAGAUUACGUCGAAGAAAAAGGCAAAAGAGGAUGCGAGCGAGGAGUUGAAGAGAAAGGUGGAAAAGGAUAAGGAGGCGGCUAGACUUAGACCUUUGGCCAUCGAGAAGGAGAGGUUGCUCAAAUCGGCUGCCAACAAGAUUGGAAACAUUGUCGGUGAUAUGGUCCCCGUCAGCCAGACAGAGGUGGGUUGAACAGCGCUAUUUGCGAACAGCAACUCUUUCGCAGCGCAGCGCAGCGCCGCGCUCACUCCUGCAUCGUACCGCUUGGCAGGACGAUAACAAGGUGCUGCGCACUUGGCACCCGGAUGGUCCCAACGCCCAAGUCCAAAAAAAGAGGUGCAUUUCGCGUUCUUCUGCGCCUACAGCGCACUCCAUUCUCACGCUACGCCACCCCUUGCUCCUUGACAGCGACAUCAUCUCUCAUCACGAAGUCAUGCUUCGUCUGCAAGCCUUUGAUACGGACAGGGGAGCCAAGAUUUCAGGUCAUCGAGGUUUCUUCUUGACCAACGACGGCGUGGAUCUCAACCAAGCCCUAAUCAAUUACGGAUUGGAUUUCUUGAGGAAAAAGGGUUACAUCAAGAUGAUGACGCCGUUUUUGAUGAGAAAGGAUGUGAUGAGCAAGACUGCUCAGUUGGAGGAUUUUGAUGAGGAACUGUACAAGGUGAGCGCGGGUGGGCGGGCGCGAGGUCGGAUAGGCGCGGAUGUGGAGGCAAACUUGCCCGGCCCCUCUUGCUCUGAUCGCUCACCCCUUCCUACUGCUCUGCUUCGCCUGACAGGUCACGGGCGAUGAGGAUGACAAGUACCUGAUCGCCACCUCGGAGCAACCCAUCAGCGCUUUUCAUUCUGGCGAGCUCUUUGACAAGCCAGACACGCAGCUGCCGCUCAAAUACGCUGGCUACUCUACAUGCUUCAGAAAGGAAGCAGGCAAGCACGGCAAAGAUACGUGGGGCAUCUUUAGGGUGCACCAAUUCGAAAAGAUUGAGCAGGUGAGGUGGUGAAUCUUUUUGCAGCGCAAAGCAUCGUUGCGCGCGAUGCUGAUCUCGUCUCCGUCUUGCCCACUGCGUGCAGUUUUGCAUCACCGACCCUGCUUCUUCUUGGGACAUGCUAGACGCUAUGCUGGCCAAUUCGGAGGAGUUCUAUCAAUCCCUCGGACUACCUUAUCAAGUCGUCGCGAUCGUCUCGGGGGCCUUGAACAAUGCUGCAGCAGCAAAGUACGAUUUGGAAGCUUGGUUCCCUUUCCAAGGCGAAUACAAGGAAUUGGUCUCUUGCUCCAACUGCACAGACUACCGUGAGUCGCCUUCGCUUCCGCUUCAAACGAUGAUGACGCAGUGGAGGCUAAAGGCAUGGCACGCAUUCUGCACUACUGCUGCCUAUCGCCAUCGACAGAGUCUCGCAGCUUGGAAGUGCAGUGCGGAACAAAGAGGCAGGGUGAUACGAGGAGGACAUUUGUGCACAUGCUCAAGUGAGUUGUCAGCCCUUUUUUUUUGCUUUCUCAAGAGGGGCGGUCCGAGCUGAAGAUGAACAAGUGUUGCUGACGCAUCUGCGAACCUGUGCUUCUUCACAUCUCCCUUUGCUCCGCCGCUCGGCUCGGCUCGGCUCGGCUCGCAGCGGAACGCUCUGCGCAACGGAAAGAGCGCUAUGCUGCAUCGUGGAGAAUUGGCAAACGCCUGAAGGACUGCAAAUUCCUCCGCCUCUUCGACGUUAUAUGCAAGAUCGAGAAUUCUUGCCCUACACGCGCGUGAGUCUUGCGUGCGGACGAUUGCGUAUUCUUUUCGGGGGCCCGUCGAUGUGCCUUUGAGAGGGGGUACUGAUCAGGGAAAUUUUUCCCUCCGUCUCCGUGCUGGUGACCGACGACGCGAGCAGGAAUUGCCAAAAGGCACUACCAGCUCCAAGAGAAAGUAG